AUGAAUGGCCAUGAUCGCCCGAGGGGACCUCCGGGAGAUCCCCUGCCGCAAAGGGACCCCCGACGGGGCGCUGAAAGUCGGAGUGGUGGACAUGGCAGCUCCGGCGAUGGAGCCUCGAGGGCCGAGAAAUUCGAAGACGAAAAGCGGCGGAUUGUUCAGAGUUGCUUCUCAAAAAAGGAUAGCGACGGUGCCUUGGUCGAGUCCUACAUUACACACGUUCGGAUCAUAGAAGAUGGCGCUUAUCCUUCCUCCCCGGCCCCGCCGAAUGCGGCCCCUGAAAACAAGAAGGCUCGAGUUAUAAUCGUCGCUGUGAGACGGUCCGGAAGGGUGCGCAUGCACAAAGCUAGGGAGAACAAUGACGGCUCCUUCUCAAUUGGCAAGACAUGGAUGCUGGAUGAUCUGUCAGCCAUUAAAUCCUACAAUGCGGUUGUGCCAUCCAAUCCGCAGGAGGAACUGCAAAAGCAGUGGGCAUCGAACGUUGGCUUCCUGGUAACCGUUGGGAAGCCUUACUACUGGCACGCUAAAACCUCGAAAGAGAAGGAGUUCUUCAUCGGCAGUUUGGUGAAGAUCUACAAAAAAUAUACUGGCGGCAAAAUGCCGGAUCUUAUAGGUUUCGAUGAGCGUGAGCGACAACUUCUUCUAGGAAAUCCACAAGUUAGCGGAAGAGGACCUGCUCCCGGCUCAUCGCACUCUGAAGGAUCGUUUGUACCUCCACGUCCACCUUCGUCCCAUGGGAGCCGUCCUCAGUCUCCUCAUUGGGCGCGUGCACGCAGCCGCGAUGCGCCGAAACGAAGACCAACCGAUGAGGAGCUACCUAUACGAGCUCAGCGAAGUCGAGAACAAAUGAGCCGACCCUCUACUGCGCAGUCUGGAAAAAGUGGACCACCUCCAUUCGCACCGCCUCAACAUCCUCCGCCAGUGGUCCCAGCUGGUCAGGGUGAUCAGCCGCCACCUCGUGCAAUCGAGCGGCUUGCGGGCGAUUCUAGGCCACCCAAACAUUCCCCGGUAUCGCCGUCAGAGUCUAGGAAUAUGGACAUACCUAGCAGCUUGAGAACAGCACCGUCAAGGGAUAAGAUAAGCAGAGACGCCGAAGAAGGCAGUCUAUCAAACCUUCACAUGGAGCCCCGUCCACCAUCGUCACGCAGCGGGAGAACAGUACCUGAACCACGUCCCAUCGCCCGUAGCCAGGGUUCAAGUUCUAGCAUACCCGAGGCUCGGCGAGGUAACGAUAGCAUUGUUCCGGGUCUUGUCCCAAGUGAGCUGCGAGUGAAAGAGCCUGCAAAAGGUGGUAAUGCAACACAGUCGUCUACGACCGCAGGGCAGCCGGCGUCUCCCGCAGGAGACCAAUCUAACAAAUCAAACCUUAUGCAACUUGCCGACGUACCACCCGGAUUGUUGCCAGGUCCGCCCGCAAGUAACAAUGCUACUGCCAAGCCCGUCGAGACACCACAAUCUGUUUCGGAGAAAGCAGAGACAAGCGAGCUCGUUCAGGAGAGCAAACCACCUUCACCUCCCGGCAUCCCUCCAGAAUCCUCCAAAGAAACCGAUGAAGAUGAGGCCGACGCCCACCGACCAGGCCUUGGACCUAUGAUCAAGAAGAAGCCAAACAAAGAUGUCGCGGGUGCGUUCCGCAAGGCUGCCAACGCCUACGGAGCGUUCAAGCCACGGACCGGGGGUGCGGGCGCGAGACUUCUGGCUGCAGCAAAGAAGCAAGCUGCUUCAGAAGAGCCUGAUGGAAUCACAGGUGUCGUCCCUGCACCAUCCCUUAUUCGGAAAGCAGACGAGUCCGGCACGGCGCCUGACGAACGCGUUGAAGACGCCGCGUCUGUGCCUUCAUUGCCAGAAGAGUCCACUGAAGUUCCGCCGAUGGACCCGGCGCCGCCUGUACCUGCACACGCUAUACCUGCGCCAAACAUCCCGGAACCUCCUAAAGUUAAGAUAACGGAGGCCGUUGCUGAUGUUACUGUAGCACCUUUAUUGGAUGUUACUAAAGGAACUCCAGAAGCAGUGGUCGUCCAAACAGACGAGAGAUCGCGUUCCGUAUCGCCCUCUCCACGCGAUCGCCGGCGCAGGCGUCACGAAGAUAAUACUAUCAAGUAUUGCCAAGCACUCGGACUUGAUCCGAAGGUUCUUGUAGAUCGCGGAGUGGACUUUGAUGAUAUUCUAACCGACCUCGGCUGGAAUGGUCGCCUCUCAGAUGAGAAAAAAAUUGAAGACCUUGAAGCAGACGUACGUCGGGAGAUUGGACGCGUCGAGGCUACAAGCUGGCUUGGUAACCUCGAGCAACAAGAGGGCAAGGUCGAUCAGCUUGCUAAAUUGAUUGAUAAGACCAUUGAUGAGUGUGAGGAGCUGGAUAAUCUCCUCACGUUAUACUCACAUGAACUCAAUACUCUUCGUGACGACGUGUCAUAUAUCGAAACUCAAUCCCAAGGUUUACAGGUUCAGACGGCCAACCAGAAGCUCCUCCAUAGUGAACUACAAACCCUAUUGAAGACGCUUUCUAUAUCUCCACAGGACUUGCAACCCUUGAAAGAGGCGUCACUCAGCAAUGUCGAUGGAUUAAGGGAAACUGAGCUUGCACUUUCUACUUUGUACAAAGCCAUGCUGACGAUUGAUCCUGAAAUCUGGCAAAACAAGAAGCGUUUGGAUGCUGCUGGGGGUCAUGGUACCGUGGGCGUGUACGCCGACACUGAGAUUGGUCAAAUGCGCGCCAUCCAAGACAAAAAAGAAGAAUACCGCUUCCAUUCCUCAUCCUUCCUUCAACGACUCAAGCAAUUCAUGGCAAUUGCCUAUCAAGUGGCGGCACAGAAGCGUUCUGAUGCCGCAGCUAAUUCCCAAAAAGACCCGAUGAAGCUAGACGGCUCAGCUAGGGCUUACGCCCGUCGGGAGCUCUGGGUUUACAGUGCUUUGACUCUUUUCGCCAGGGAAGUAAGUGGGCCAGAGUGGCAAGGCUUGCUUACUUUGUACGAACAACAAGCCAAACAAUCCUACCAGGCCGAGUUCCGUGAUAACAACAUGGCGUGGAAACGGGCGGCCAGAAAAAUCACCGGCGAAGAACAAGAACUCCUUUUCACCCAUCAGGAUAAGGAGAAAGAAGCUGAAGGCAUCACAACGGCGGCCAGGAAGCUGACCGUGAGAAGGGGGAAGACUAUCAGAGCUGCAGCAGGGCUAAGGCUUCCUUCUGGUGACAAGCAGCGUGGAAAGCUUGAACCUUUCGAAGUAUUCGCCGGCACCCUACUGGAGACCGUGAAGAUGAUUUCAGAGGAACAAAACUUUGUCGUGCGCUUCUUCCACUUGACAUCUUUUUCAAACAUGGAUUUUGGCGACAUCGUAGCCUCAGGAGCCCCGGACGAGCGUCCAGUCCCAGAUUUUACUAUCAAGCAGUCGCCCGAUCCGGAUCGAGGAAUGGCUAAGAAAGUGGAACAGGCUAUGGACGAACUGUACUCAUUCUGGCCAAUCGAUAUGCAAAACCUCGUGGAUUGGUCCAUUCAGGCAGACCCUCUGCAAGGAAUUGGUAUCUUGUUCGCCCUUGAAAAGUCCAUUUCGGACUAUGAUGAGACCAACCAAGACUUCAUUGUUCACUCGCUCCAAAAACUGCAUUCGCGCCUGAUUGGUCUUUUUAAUCGCUUCGUCGACGAACAGAUUCGUGGCAUUGAGGAAACCAAGGUCAAGAUCAACAAGCGAAAAGGCGUAAUAUCAUUCAUGAGAGUCUUCCCGAAUUUCUCUGCUGCUGUGGAGAACAUGCUUUCCGACCCAUCGCAAGAAUUCUACGACAUUCGUCUUAACAUCAAUGAGGCAUAUGACCGCAUCAACCGCGCCAUGUGGGAGUCAUUGAAAUUCAUCGCAAAAGAGGCGCCAGGUCAAUCUACGGCGGUAGCGGCAGCAGCCAGCUCCGGUGAUCCUGAAGACAAGGAAAUAUUGAAUUAUCAUAUUCUCCUGAUUGAAAAUAUGAACCAUUAUAUUGAGGAAGUCGACGUUCGGAAUUUGCCGGUUCUCGAACGGUGGCGCGAUCGAGCGCAAGAAGACAUGGAGGAGCACCUGAGACUUUACCUAGAUUCUGUGAUCCACCGACCACUUGGGAAGUUGCUCGAAUUCAUUGACUCCGUUCAAAGCCUACUUGGCGCAGGCAGCAAUCCUACAGAUAUCGCCAACCGCCCCAGUCAUUCACGCUCAGUGGUGAAGAAAGUGCUGGCAGCCUACGACGUCAAAGAGAUACGGCGUGGAAUUGAAAUGCUCAAGAAGCGAGUCGAGAAGCACUUUGGCGACGCAGAUGACCCUGGACUCAGCAGAAGUCUGGUAUUGAAAGUGCUUCGCGAGUGCGAGGUUAGAUAUGAGCAGGCCUAUGACCGAACGCAACACAUCAUCCGUACGGUGUAUGAAGGCCAGCUUGAUCUCGAAUGGCGCAAAGAGGACGUCGCCGCUAUGUUUAGGAAGUAA